UUUCAACACUACUAUAUAACAAAUAAUUUGAGCAGCCCAGGAUGUCUGCUUCAGCGGUAUUCAUCCUGGACCUCAAAGGCAAGGUAUUGAUAUCACGAAACUACAGAGGUGAUAUCCCUAUGUCAGAGAUAGAUCACUUCAUGCCACUCAUCACUGAGGUCGAAGAGGAGGGAACAGUAAGUCCAAUCCUCCGUCACGAGAAAACCACAUUCGCGUACAUCAAAUACAGCAACCUGUACAUUGUGGCUAUGACGAGGACUAACGCAAACAUUGCUCUGAUAUUCGUGUAUCUGUACAGAAUGGUUCAGGCGUUUACGGAGUAUUUCAAAGAAGUUGAGGAGGAAAGUAUCAGGGAUAACUUUGUGAUUGUGUACGAGUUGCUGGACGAGUUCAUGGACUUUGGUUAUCCUCAAACAACAGACCCUAAAGUUCUUCAAGAGUUUAUCACACAAGAUGCCCACAAAAUGGAAGUAGCCCCGCGGCCCCCACCGACUGUUACCAACGCCGUGUCCUGGCGACCUGAGGGAAUCAAAUAUCGUAAAAAUGAAGUCUUCCUGGAUGUUGUUGAGAGCAUUAACCUACUGGUAUCAGCCAAAGGGAACGUUCUACAAAGUGAAAUUGUGGGAUCUGUGAAAAUGAAAGUCAUGCUGAGUGGCAUGCCUGAGCUGCGGCUAGGUUUGAACGAUAAGAUACUGUUCGAAAGUACUGGAAGGAGCAAAAGUAAAGCAGUGGAGUUGGAAGAUGUCAAGUUUCAUCAGUGUGUCAGAUUGUCCAGGUUUGAAAACGAUCGUACAAUAUCGUUUGUGCCUCCUGACGGCGAAUUUGAGUUGAUGAGCUACAGGCUGAAUACGCAGUCUAAACCUCUGAUGCUGAUAGAAAGUGUCAUUGAGCGUCAUUCUCACAGCAGAGUUGAAUACAUGAUUAAGGCUAAGAGUCAAUUCAAACGCCGGUCAACAGCGAACAAUGUUGAGAUAAUAAUCCCCGUGCCUCCCGAUGCUGAUUCCCCGAAGUUCAAGACCACUAUCGGCGCUGUGAAGUACGUACCAGAGGAGAAUGCUGUUAUUUGGAGCAUCAAGCAAUUCCCUGGCGGUAAAGAUUUCCUGAUGCGAGCCCACUUUGGUCUGCCUAGUGUGGAGGCGGAGGAAGACGAAGGGAAACCUCCCAUAAAAGUCAAAUUUGAGAUUCCUUACUUCACCGUGUCCGGAAUUCAGGUACGGUAUUUGAAGAUCAUAGAGAAGAGUGGUUACCAGGCGUUACCCUGGGUACGGUACAUCACACAGAACGGAGAUUAUCAAUUGAGAACGUCAUAAAGCAUGCGACGUCAGGAUAAAGUUUCCGAACUAUAAAUUAAACUUAGGAAAAUGAACAGUUUUAAUUAAUAAACCAAGCUGGAUCUUGGAAUAUUAUGAGUAUUGUAAAACCUAGAGGUGUUGUGUUGAAAUUGGGGCGUAUGUUUUCCGUUUAUUAUUCAUUUUCAUUGCAAUGUUUAAGGUUUGAUUUUAAUUUCACGUUAUCUUUGCAUCUCACCGUGUCCAGUGAAUCUGAAAGAAGGCAGUAAACUUAGAUAAACAACUUAAAUAAAUAGAAUUCUGGCCUGUUGGGCUGCGUUCCCCACGUUCAAUUUUAAACUAAAGUUUUAAUUAAAGAUGGUAAAAUGUUGAGUACCAGAGCACAGUAAUUCUGCUGAUCGUUCUGUUCUAUCUUCAACUGUUAGAUUUGUGAUAGAGUUACUUGAUAUAGUGCCCUCAUAUUGAUAGAUAAGCUAUAAGUUAUGAUUUUCUUAUGUAGUGGUUUUGUAGUAGCAUUAAAGCUUUUAAUGGAAACGGCUUCUUAACUAUGAAACGAUUCCUUUUGAUACUUGGGGAUAGAGCUCUAGUCAUUAAUACCUUUUAGUUUUAUUUUCAUCUCAUAAUUAAUUAAGAAUAUUUACUUUGAGGCCUAUACAAAAUUCCUUUAUUUUCAGUAAUUAUAACAGCCAGCCGGCAAAUUUCCAAAGUAAACUUAGAAGAUUAUCAGUAAUUACUCAUUCAUUGAAUUUGAUAUUUUCCGAAUUUAGACUCUUCGAAGUUGAGUUGAUAUUAAAUUACGAUAAUAGAUCUCGUGACAUGUGAAUAUUAUAUAAUGUGUAGAAGUUCUACCGAUUUGUCUAUUAUAUUGUGAUUUGAAA